UGCUGCUUAUUUACAUCUUCCUGCUUGUAAAUCCUGCAUCUAGCUCUGUCUGGUUGCUCAUCCUGGACAACUGUGGUCCUCUGGUUUACAGUGUAGAUGCCAUCAAGCCCUCAGACCAUGACGGUCCACAGCAGCACACAUGACGGCAUGGCCAACUGGCCUGUCGACAACAGGGUCGUUUUCUUCUUCGAUAUUGACAAUUGUCUCUAUUCCAGAAGUGAGAAAGCCACCGUUGCUUCAAUAGGAAAUGACGGGAAAUGACGGCAACGCUGACGCCCUCGACACCUACAGAGGCCAACGUGCACGAUGCAAUGAAAGUUCUGAUAAACAAGUUCUUCGUCACUCAUCUGGAGCUCAGUCCCCAUGAGGCCACUGCUCUCCAUGCCAAAUACUACAAGGAAUAUGGCCUUGCUAUUGAAGGUCUCACGCGCCAUCAUACAAUCGAUCCCCUUGAGUUCAACCGUGAGGUGGAUGACGCCUUGCCCCUAGAGAAGCUCCUGCGUCCAGACCCGAUGCUGCGGGAACUGCUCGAGAGUAUAGACACGACGAAGGUGAAGCUAUGGCUCUUGACGAAUGCAUAUAUCAACCAUGCCAAGAGGGUAAUAAAGUUGCUGAAUGUGGAGGAUCUGUUUGAGGGGGUAACCUACUGUGACUAUGGUCACCUACCUUUGGUGUGUAAACCCCGUCAGGAAAUGUACGAGAAGGCCGAGAGAGAAGCUGGUGCACCGAGUACGAGUCAUUGUUAUUUUGUCGACGAUUCCCAUUUGAACUGUAAACAUGCCCAGGCUCGUGGCUGGACCACUGCUCAUCUCGUGGAACCGGGUCUUCCUGAACCACGCAUACCAGCGUCUAGAUACCUGAUACGAAAUCUUGAGGAAUUGAGAACCAUCUUCCCCGGUUUCUUUAAACCAUAAUGCCGAGUGGGUGUGAGUCUGCUUUUCAUAGGCACGAUAAGGACUGCUACAUACGCAUAGAAUCAUGUUCAUAGAUGUUACGAAAUGAGACCUGGAAUAACAGUCUCC